AUGGGGGUGAACUACGCAUGGGACUUGUUUAUAUUCACAAUAUCGAUUACGUACGCUGUUGUGGCACCUGUGAUCUUGCCGUUCGCGUGUUUAUAUUUCUUCCUGAGUAGCAUCACGGGGAAGUACCUCGCAUGCUACGUGUACAGGACCGAGUUCCAGUCCGGGGACGUGUUGAUGCUGCCCGGCGUGCAGCUCGCGCUUACGGGGUGCACUCUGGGCCAGCUCGUGGCGUUGUUCGCGUUCGCGCUGAAGCUCGCCUGGGGGCCGCUCAUCCUCGCGUCGCCGCUGCCCCUGCUGACGGUGGCUUUCUCCCUCUGGGUCAGGAGAGGCCCAGCGCGGGCGCUGGCGGAGCAGCACUUGCCCGCCGAGGUCGCCAAGGAGUUGGACAGCCAGAGCCCCCUCGACCUAGACUUGCCAGUGAAGCAGCAUUAUUGGAUUCAGCCCACCUAUUCCGUGGACCUGGACAACCCAACUGCCGAGCGUUUCCGGUGGGUGGACGUUCCGGGCGAGUCCGGCAGCCCGAAGAGUGCUUGGUGA